CACCCUUCGUGUGGAGCUUGAUUGACAGGCGAUAUAGCCAAUCACAGCGCAGAUAUUUUGUGACUAUCCGCCAUUUUGUCCGACAAACAAACAAACGAGUCGUAGUUGACUAGCAACGGCGAUUAACUAACGUUAAGAUAAUGGUGAAACGGUGUUCUUAUGUGACUUGCAACUCAGACGACAGGUACCCAGAAAGGCUGGGCGAUGUACAGUUUCACCCGUUCCCUAAACCUGCCCGUAACCUGGAGAAGUGUAUGAAAUGGAUACGUUUGUGUGGACGGCCACUGAUUUUGGACAGGCUGAGAAAUCAUUCCACAGCCAAACACAUCUAUGUGUGCUCAAAGCACUUCGUUGAAGGCCGACCGACAACAGCUCACCCUGAUCCUCUGCCUGCAUUGACAUCAAAUGACCGUAGUAAGGUUAAACCUGCGAGACGUCCACCAAAGUUGCGAGUGCCACCAAGGAAAACACCACCAGUUGAUAGCAUGCCAGAUAAUACUGAAAACAUCAGUGUCGGGUGUGAUCUACAAGACAUGGGUACAACAGGAGAGAUGAAAACAGAAUCAUUAAUGGAGGAUACCACUACAGAGGAGAGCACUCUGGUCAUUAAACUGGAGUGCACAGAUGAGCAAAUCCAGAUGGAGGAAAAACAGGAGGAACUGGAACGACUGAAGACUCUUCUAGCUCAAAAAGAACAAGAAAAUGACUUGCUAAGGAUGAAAAUACGAACUUGUCAGGUUCCUUACCCACUAACAGCCGAGGUGAUAAACAACAGCAGUGUGCCUAACUACUUCCAAUACUGCACUGGGUUCACUUAUGAUGAAUUUAACAAACUGUGUACAUUUUUCACGCUACCAGAUAACGACACCGCGCCACAAACACACAUCCCCUUGAUAUAUGACAAAAUGAGCUGGCAGAUCCAGCAUAUGCCUUUACGGCAACAAUUUAUACUUGUGCUUAUGAGACUGAGACAAAAUUUCGACUUGGAAGAGCUAGCUUUCAAAUUUCAAAUUGAUAUGCAAAAUGUUAGCGUCUUAUUUAGUUCUUGGAUCGACUUCAUGUAUGAUAGGUUAGGUAAUAUGUCUGUCUGGCCACACAGGGACAUCAUCACGGAGAACAUGCCAGGGAACUACAAAUCAGAGUUUCCAACAACUUUUGCAAUUCUUGAUUGCACAGAGAUAAAGAUAGAGAAACCCAGCUCACUGUUAGUGCAAAGUCAGACCUACAAGUCGAAUAACACACUCAAGUCUCUGUUAGUCUGUGAUCCUUGUGGCUCUAUUAUGUUUGCAUCUAAUCUCUACAUAGGAUCCAUUUCUAACCAAGAGCUAUUCAGACGGUGCAAAAUUAAAGAUUUAUUUAAAGGUCUUCUUCAGUGUGGCUACCUUAAGGAAGGUGAUGGGCUCAUGGUGGAUAAGGGGUUUCUCAUUGAGAAAGAUGUGCAGGAGCUCGGCCUUAAUCUGAACAUUCCUCCGAUUGCAAAGUCAAAUCUUCAAGUGACAGAUGUCGAGAUGACAAAGAAAGUAGCCAAACACAGAGUACAUGUAGAAAGAGCAAUAGCCAAAGUCAAAGAAUUUAAGAUCGUAUCUGGUAGGAUCCCGAAUUCCAUGUUAGGAAAAAUAAACGAGAUAUGGUUUGUGGUGUGUAUGUUGUCUAAUUUCCAGCAGCAUGUUAUUCAGGCAUAGGCUAUCUCAUAUGGCCAUGAUUUCUGUCUGCUUGUCACGCAAGUUAUUAGAAUCAAUACAAUGUGUUAUAACAUUACAUGAACUAAUAAUGAGCAAUGCAUUUGUUGCAUUGUGAAUGGUUUUAUUUUGUAAUGAACUGUGACUGCCUGCAAAUGAUAAUAAAUGAAUCAAAAUCUGUA